UUUUCUUUAUCGUUCGCCUACUCACAACAAGUGUACUCGUUGUAAAUUCUCGUGCUGUUCAGUAAAUGUUUAAUUUUAUUAAAAAAUAUGUCAAUAUUUCAGUAAAUAAACUAGAAAUAAAAUAUCGCAUUCAGUAUGCAUUUAUUUUGGUUUUUUGUUACCUCUACAUGGUUAAUUCUAUCGUCAUUGGUCAUAAACUCAUCAAGUGAAUCUGCUACAGUUCAUUACGGAUCUCCAACAUUCAGUGCAUCAGAAAAUAAAAAAUUCAAUAUUUUAGCUGCUUUAUUUACUUCAGGUGGGAGCCAUUUCAUAUUUUUCGAACCGCUCUUGGAAGCACUUGCUCGAAGAGGUCACAAUCUGACUGUGUUGUCUUACAAUCCUCGUGAAAAUAACAAUAUUGAUGCGAAUGUGCUACCAAAUUAUAAAAACGUAUUCCUCACUGAUCCGAAAAUUAUUGCAAAAAAUGUUUUGAAUCUUGAAGAAUUAUGGGCUAAUUAUUAUAAUUCCUAUUUUCCAUCAUCAGUGGUGGACAUUAUUCUACUUCGUAAUUUUGGACUCACAUAUUGUGAAAUGACUUUUAAUAAUACUGCCGUUCGUGAGCUGAUUAAAUCUGAUCAGAAGUUUGAUCUGAUUUUCAUGGAAACUUUCUGUAGUGAUUGUGCUUUAGGUUUCGUCCAUAAAUUCCACGCACCAGUUAUAGCAUUAUCAUCUCAUGAAAUAUUGCCGUGGAUCAAUGAUCGGCUGGGGAACCCUGAUAAUCCCAGUCACAUUCCGGGAUUCCAUAAGUUUUAUUCAGGUAAAAUGACGUUUAUGCAAAGAGUCAUGAACACAUUGCAUUUGUGGUGGGUAAAAGUUUUUUACGAAAUAAGAUUUCAAUGGCCUAAUCAGAAACUUGUUGAAGAGUUUUUUGGACCUGGGGUUCCUCCUCUUAGUGAAAUUGUAAAGAAGACAUCUGCUCUGUUGGUAAAUACGCAUUAUUCCAUUCAUGGAUCGAGACCUUAUGUUCCAAAUGUAAUUGAAGUUGGUGGGAUUCAUAUUGGUAAGCCAAAACCAUUACCAGAUGAUAUACAAAAGUUCCUCGAUGAUGCUCCAGAAGGAGUUCUUUUAUUCAGUUGGGGUUCUAUGAUUAAGACAUCAACACUGUCGCAAGAGAAACUGGAUGCUUUGUUAAAUGUCUUCUGUGAAAUGCCACGAAAGGUAAUUUUAAAGUGGGAAUCUGAGGAAAUGCCAAGGAAGCUGAAAAAUGUGAUGCUUAAGAAGUGGUUGCCACAAUUUGAUCUCAUGAGUGAGUAA